AUGUCUCCCUCUUCCUCCACCACCACGCCAACAUGGCAUCACUUUGAGCGGAAGGUCGAUGAGGUCAAGCCAUCCAAAACUGAUAUCAAUUACUUGGUCAUGGACUACCUCAUCACCAAUGGCUACCCCGCGGCGGCGAAGAAAUUCGCUGUCGAGGCCAAUAUUCAACCCAAGACGGACGUCGAUUCGGUCCAAGAAAGAGUGGACAUUCGAACGGCUAUCCAUUCGGGGAAUAUCCAGGCCGCCAUUGAAAAAAUCAACGAGCUCAACCCACAGAUCCUGGAUGAGAAUCCGUCGCUACAUUUCGCCCUCCUGCGUCUGCAGCUGGUGGAGUUGAUCCGCUCGUGCAGUGCCUCGCCGGACGGGGACAUCAGUCCCGCCCUCGAGUUUGCAACCUCGCAACUGGCGCCCCGGGCCCCGACCAACCCGCAGUUCUUGGAUGACCUCGAGCGGACGUUGGCACUGCUCAUCUUCCCCACCGAAACCCUCACUCCCUCCCUUGCCCCUCUCCUACACCCCAACCUUCGUAAAGAAAUCGCCACUAGUGUAAACGAGGCCAUCCUGCAGAGCCAGGGCGCCCGUAAAGAGGCGCGCCUGCGCAAUCUGGUCAAGCUGCGCGCCUGGGCCGAGCAGAAAGCCCGCGAAGCCAAAAAGGAUGUACCGGAGAAGCUAGACCUCGGCCUGACGGAGAAAGAAGCAGACGACGCAGGGCGCAACGGAGCGUCGAACAAUGAUACCGUAAUGACCAACAACGGAGACAUCGACCCGAUGAUCUCGUGA